AUGGAAGGCCAGUUGUCAAACAUCAAUACAAGCUCCGUUACAAGCAGAUUUCAGGGUACAGAGGAUAAUAAACCCGAUGUUGGGGAAACCAAAUUGCCAUGUGCAUCUUCUAGAGUUGAAGAAAUUAAUUCUGAUAAACCAGAUGCACAAGAUACCGAGUAUGACAGUGACGGAACAUCUAAGAAAAUGCAAAUGGAUGGUGAUGAUGAGCCAAAGUUGGGGAUGAAGUUUAAUUCCCUAGAAGAUUUAAUGAGUUAUUAUAAAGAAUGUGGUAAGAAAUGUGGAUUUGGGGUAAUGACUAAAAGCAGUGAGAGGGGAGAGGAUGAGACUGUUAGAUAUGUCACCCUUGCAUGUGCCUGUGGUGGGAAGGCUCGGAAUAGAAUCUUGAAUGUCGCCAACUCACGUCCGACAGGAAAGACGGAGUAUAUAAAUGAUUUGGCUAGCAUUCGAAUGAACAGGAGUUUCAGGUCUCUUGUUGUAGGCGCGGGUGGAUUUGAGAAUCUCCCCUUUUUGGAAAAUGGUUGUCGUAACUACAUUGAGAAGGCUAAACAUCUACGACUGGGCGCAGGUGGUGCUGGAGCACUUCAAGACUAUUUUUUACGGAUGCAGUACAAAAAUAUAGGGUUCUUUGCACUGAUGGACUUGGAUGAUGACGGGAGGCUAAAGAAUGUAUUUUGGGCAGACCCCCAUAGUAGAGUUGCCUACCAAUAUUUCGGUGAUGUGGUAACUUUCGACAUCACAUAUUUGAUGAAUCGAUAUAAGAUGCCAUUUGCACCAUUUGUUGGUGUAAACUACCAAGGGCAGUCAAUUUUGUUGGGAGCUGGCUUGAUUUCAUCUGAGGAUACUGAGACUUUCAUGUGGUUAUUCCAGACCUGGUUGUAG